AUGGCUAAUCUCAUCCGUACCGCCAAGUCUGGCAACGACUGGACUCUCAAUGACCUGGACUCAUAUCACAUCACCCUCAAGCAGGUGGACGCCCUUUCGUUCUUUGGCUUACAGGAGUUGCCACGACCCUCAGUUGAUCAAGAGCUGCUAAUCAAUGCCGAUGCUGAUGCUAUGUGA